AGGAAGACAGUCACCAGCCUGUUGAGAAAGAGCGAGACAGCAGCUCGAGCUCGCCGUCGACAUGAAGACGACCUCGACCGUCGGAACAGAAAUGUGUUUUUAAGGUAGUAUGACCGUGUUGGAGCACAGCUGUCGGCAAACCAGCUGUUUCGGCCAUUUUGGAGGCCUCCAUCUGCUCGCUGCUGCCUGGAGGAAGUCGGUGUGUGCUGGACCAUGAGUGGACGGAGAACUUCCCCCGAGGGCUGCGAGGGUCCAGGCCAGGAUCUGGAUCAGGCCUCGCACCACAGGCACCAUUACAGGAAGCCCUGGCAGAGAGCCCACCCCCAGCCUAGUCCUGAGCAGCCAUUGGACAGAUACAAGUGGAGGACAUCUGCCUGUCUGGCACCAAGGCCUGACAAGAUGGACGCCCCUAAGGGACAAAACAGAGAGCCCCUUCACCUUCGGCUGCUCAGCCUGCCGAGGUUCAGCACCCUCCCGAACAACCGGAGAGAGGAUCACAAGACCCAGGCGAGGCCCAGCUCUCUGCGCAGGAUCUUCCCGUACUUCAGAUCCAUGUCUGAACCCGGGACGGGCAGCGGUCCGGGGAGGACGGCGGUCAGGAAGGUGGAAUCAGACGCAGAGCGAAGAGCGCCGUCCGUCAGCAGCUUCCUCAGCUCGUUCUCUCGGAGGAUCAGCAGAGUCCUCAGGGACGAACCCGAACCCGGAGGAGGAGGAGGAGGAGGAGGAGGAGGAGGAGGAGAGUCGGAUAUCAAAGGUCCUCCGGCCCACCGGUUCUCCUGCGGUCAGAGUCCGUACAGCGACAGCGGCGCCUGGGAGAGGAAGUUCUGCAUCCUGACAGACAGCCAGCUCAUCCUGCUGCACAGGGACGACGAGGCUGCAGGGGAGGCCCUGGAGAGCCCCACAGACUCAUCCAAGGGUCGGAGUCUCCGUAGGACCGUCAGCGUCCCCUCUGAAGGACAGUUCCCAGAGUUCCCAGCAGAGGGCGCCGGCAUGCUAGAAGUGUCUUCGGAGCGAUCUCCAAGGAGGAGGAGUAUCUCCGGUCUGGGGAGUUCGGAGAAGAGCGUCACUGUGGACAAUCCGAACUCGUCGCCUUUUAAAGUGCCGGGAUUUUUCAGCAAACGUCUCAAAGGCUCCAUCAAGAGGACGAAGAGUCAAACCAAACUGGACAGAAACACCAGCUUCAGACUGCCCUCGCUCCGGCCUGCCGACGCUGACAGGUCUCGCGGGCUCCCUAAGCUGAAGGAGUCGACCUCCCAUGAGUCUUUGCUGAGCCCGGGCAGCGCGGUGGAGGCUCUGGACCUGAGCAUGGAGGAGGACGUGUUCGUCAAACCUCUGCACAGCAGCAUCCUGGGACAGGAGUUCUGCUUCGAGGUGACGUACUCGGGUGGCAGUAAGUGUUUCAGCUGCACUUCAGCCUCAGAGAGAGACAAGUGGAUGGAAAACCUGAGGAGGACGAUUCAGCCCAACAAGGACAACUGUCGGCGGGCGGAGAACCUGCUGCGACUGUGGAUCAUUGAAGCCAAAGACCUGCCGCCUAAGAAGAAAUAUUUCUGCGAGCUGUGUUUGGACGACGUCCUGUACGCCCGGACCACCAGCAAGACUCGCCACGACAGCCUGUUCUGGGGCGAGCACUUCGACUUCUCCGGCCUGCCCGCCAUGCACAGCAUCACCGUGCACAUCUACCGCGACGUGGACCGGAAGAAGAAGAAGGACAAGAACAACUACGUGGGCCUGGUCAACAUCCCGGUGUCGGGCGUAACGGGGCGGCAGUUUGUGGAGAAGUGGUACCCGGUCAGCACGCCCACCACCAGCAAGGCCAAAGGAGGAGGGCCGUCGAUCCGCAUCAAGUCCCGCUUCCAGACCAUCUCCAUCCUGCCCAUGGAACAGUACAAGGAGUUCGCCGAGUUCGUCACCAACAACUACACCAUGCUGUGCUCGGUGCUGGAGCCCGUCAUCAGCGUCAAGAACAAGGAGGAGAUGGCCUGCGCUCUGGUCCACAUCCUGCAGAGCACCGGGAGGGCAAAGGACUUCCUGACAGACCUGGUGAUGUCGGAGGUGGACCGCUGUGCCGACCACGAUGUGCUGAUCUUCAGGGAGAACACGCUGGCUACCAAAGCCAUCGAGGAAUAUCUGAAACUGGUGGGACAGAAAUAUCUGCACGACGCCCUCGGUGAGUUCAUUAAGGCUCUGUACGAGUCGGAUGAGAACUGCGAGGUGGAUCCCAGUCGAUGCUCCGGCGGCGAUCUGGCUGAACAUCAGAGUAACCUGAAGAUGUGCUGCGAGCUCGCUUUCUGCAAGAUCAUCAACUCCUACUGUGUGUUUCCUCGGGAGCUGAAGGAAGUGUUUGCGUCGUGGAAGCAGCAGUGCGUCGCUCGCGGCCACCAGCAGGACAUCAGCAAGCGUCUGAUCAGCGCCUCGCUCUUCCUGCGCUUCCUGUGCCCCGCCAUCAUGUCACCAUCGCUCUUCAACCUGAUGCAGGAAUAUCCGGACGACCGGACGUCCCGGACGCUCACGCUCAUCGCCAAAGUCAUCCAGAACCUCGCCAACUUCACCAAGUUUGGAAACAAAGAGGAGUACAUGGCCUUCAUGAACGACUUCCUGGAGCACGAGUGGGCGGGGAUGAUGCGCUUCCUGUCGGAGAUCUCCAACCCGGAGACUCUGUCCAACACGCCGGGCUUCGAGGGCUACAUCGACCUCGGCCGCGAGCUGUCCGUCCUGCACGCUCUGCUGUGGGAGGUCGUCUCUCAGCUCGACAAGGGUGAAAAUUCCUUCCUGCAGGCCACUGUAGCAAAGCUGGGCCCGCUGCCGAGGAUUCUGGGAGACAUCUCUCGCUGUCUGGCCGCUCCCACGCCCGUCCAGCAGCAACUGCGGCGCUUCCAGGACCACAGCUCCGCCCACAACAUCAGCGGCAGCCUGUCGUCAGGGUUACAGCGGAUCUUUGAGGACCCCGCCGACAGCCGUAGCGAGGUCCGCAGCCUGCAGUCUCCAGUCAGCGAGGGUUACGUUCGAGGUCAGCGCCCCCUGCUGGCCCAGCAGCACCCUUCCACCCACACCAGCUUCUCGGACCCGGAGGAGCGAGACGGCGUGCUACCCAACGGCCGCAGCAUCUCUCUGGUGGACCUGCAGGACGCCCAGAGCCUGCACGGCGCUGCGGGGACGCCGCCGCACCACGAGGCCCCGCCCCGCCUCAGCAGGGUGGGCUCGCAGGCUUCCAUCGUACACACCCCGCCCUUGCUCAACUACCCCCACUCCAACCCUCUCACCCCCCAGCCGGCGCCCCACCAGCCCAAAGCCGCGGCCAGAGAGCCGCAGAGCGCGCCGCAGGUGAGGCGGCCGCUGCACCCGUCGCUCAGCCAGCAGCGCAGCCUGCAGCCGCUGUCCUUCCAGAACCCCGUGUACCACCUGAGUAACCCCGCCCACAGCCUGUCCGCACGCUCCGCCCACUCGCUGCGGCACGACUCCAGCUCCGAGAACCUGAGCACCGAGAGCUCGCACAACAGCCACAGCAACUCCGACGACUUUGGCAGCCAGGUGGGGGUCAAAGGCCGCGUGGCGUCCAACAGCAGCCUGGACGAGUCGGGCAGCAGGCGGAGCACGCAGAGCGAGGAGUGCUCCACGCCGCGCCGACACGCGCCGCCCGACCUCCCACCGGGCGCCGCUACGGCAGUCGCCAUUCCCCGUCAGAGCACGACGGCGGGCACCGCCCACAUCGUUAAGGUGGAGCAGCAGAGCAGGGCAGGGGGCGGGGCCAGGACACCACGCUCCCUCCCUCACAGCGCCUCGCUACGCAGCAGCAGCAGCGCCAACACGGAGCCCGCGCCCGCCGCCGGCCUCGUCACUCGCCAGCAGUCCACCUGCUCCGUGGAGAACGCGGCUCCGCCCGCGAGGAGCGCCACCAAGCAGCCGCAGCAGGUGGCAUCUCCGGUGGAGGCGGUGGCGGUGGCGAUGUCUCCGGUGGAGAGGACGGCAGCCUGGGUGCUCAACAACGGCCAGUACGAGGAGAAGGAGGAGGAGGAGGGAGGAGAGAGGAGCCGAGAGGAGGGCAGGAACACGGAGAAGUACGAGCUGGAGAUCUCGCGGCUGAAGGAGCGCCUGCGGGUGUCGGGUCGGCGUCUGGAGGAGUACGAGCGGCGGCUGCUGGCUCAGGAGCAGCAGAUGCAGAAGCUGCUGCAGGAGUACAAACAUCGUCUGGAGGACAGCGAGGAGCGGCUGAGGAGGCAGCAGGAGGAGAAGGACAACCAGAUGAAGAGCAUCAUCUGCAGGCUGAUGGCGGUGGAGGAGGAGCUAAAGCGGGACCACGCAGAGAUGCAGGCGGUGAUUGAAGCCAAACAGAAGAUCAUCGACGCUCAGGUCAGUAACGGAUGUCAAAUAAACCAAUCAGGAGAAGCGGAUCAGCUCGCUGGACGCGGCGAACUCUCGUCUGAUGGCGGCGCUGACGCAGGUGAAGGAACGCUACAGCGCGCCCAACCUCCGCAACGGGCUGUCACCCAGCAACCCCACCAAACUGUCAAUCACUGAGAACGGAGAGUUCAAGAACAGCAGCUGCUGAUUGGACGAGCCCGACACAGGGGGCGGGGCUAAAGAGAAUCUAUAACCUAUAAAUAUUGACGAGUGUAAAUACUGAAGGUUUGAUCUGAUCAGAGAGUGUGUGUGUGUGUGUGUGUGUGUGUGUGUGUGUGUGUGUGUGUGUGUGUGUGUGUGUGUGAGAGAGAGAGAGAGUGUGUGUGUGUGUGUGUGUGAGAGAGAGAGAGAGAGAGAGAGUGUGUGUGUGUGUGUGUGUGAGAGAGAGAGAGAGAGAGUGUGUGUG